ACACCAUCAUGGCGGCGUUACUGUUGUUGGCCUUGGCCUCCGUCAUUUCCAUGGGAUACUGUGAUAACUACACCGUCACAAAAGAAGCCUGGUUUGACAUUGAAAUCCGGGAUUAUGACGGACCCGGAGAGGACUACAGGGGAAGAUUUGUGAUCGGACUUUUCGGAGAAACCACACCAAUGACAGUCAUGAACUUCGCCUCCAUUACAAACGGAUUUGAGAGAACAACAAAAGAAGGGUAUAAACAAAAACUGACAUACAAGAGCUCUAACUUCCAUCGCGUUGUGCCAGACUUUGUGAUCCAGGGCGGAGAUAUCACAUCUGGUGAUGGUUCAGGAGGUCAAAGCAUCUAUGGCUCCAAAUUUGUUGACGAGAACUUCAUCCUGAGUCAUAAAGCCGCUGGUUACGUAUCCAUGGCAAAUCACGGGCAAGAUACAAACGGUUCUCAGUUCUUCAUCAUGUUGACCAAGGCUAGAUGGUUGGACAACAAGCACGUCGUCUUCGGCAAGGUCGUCAAGGGAAUGGACACAAUCCGUGCUAUAGGAGACGUAAAAACCGAUAAUUUUGCCACACCCAAGAAUAGGGUCAAGGUCAUUGACUGUGGAUGUGAAGACGUCAAGAAGUACACGCUGACCGAGGCCGAGACACUCUCUGAGGAGGACGUCGACAGGGAUUAA